AUGGCCUUCCAGAGUUACAGCUCCUCGGACCAGUUACUGCACCGUCAGGGGGAACGGAUGUUCGGUGGCGCCGGUCUCGGUGCUGCACGGAAGCUGUCGCUCUUCUUUGCCACGCUCUGUGUGGUGGAUUUGUUCGGUGUGUUUCCUAUCGUAGCCCUGCCCAAAUCGAUCAUUUCAUGCGGAUUGUACGGCGUACCGUUGGUGCUGUUCGUGAUUACACUGCAGAUCUACACCGCGGUCGUAUUGGGGCGUUGUUGGACGAUUGCCGAGAAGUUGGAUCCAUCGAUAGUGGCUAAAAAUCGAUACCCGUAUGCGGCAAUCGCGGAGUUCACCUACGGCAGAAGGAUGAGCGUAUUCGUUACGAUACUACUGGAUUUGACAGUGUUUGGUGGUGGGAUACCGAACCUAUUGGUGGCCGCACAGAAUCUUCAGUUGCUUGGGGCGCGCAUCAGUGGUGGUUCGUUUGAGAUAUCAUUCUGCUACUGGCUGCUGAUUAUUGGACUGUUUCUAUGUCCGAUCAUGUGGUUGGGCAGUCCGAAAAAUAUGCGAACUCUGGCGAGCGUAUCGGUGGUCGUUUGUAGCAGUGUGGCCAUUCUUACGUGGAUCUCUAUCGGGGAGGAUCGUUCGGGAAGUUUCACACCGUUCCAGGAUAUCACGCUCGGGCUGCCACCUUUCGUUCAGCUAUUGAAAGCGUACGGAAUAAUAGCGUUUCAGUUCGACAUUCAUCCAAUGUUGCUGACCAUUCAGGUGGAUAUGCAGCAUAAACGGCAGAUUGGAAAGGCGGUACUGUAUGGCAUUUUAACGACUUGCACACUGUCAGCGAUCACUACUUUCAUGACUGCAUAUCGCUAUGGAAUGGAUGCUACGAACAAUGUGCUGCAGAUUUUACCCCGCAGCUGGUCGCUGUACAUGACUAUUCUGCUGGUAACUUUGCAGCUGUGCUUAUCCAGCGCUGUAGGAAAUUCAGCGCUAUUUCAACACAUCGAAGAUCUUCUCGGGGCUUCCAGAGAUUUUACCAUAAAAAGAUGCAUUAUAAGAUCAACGCUCGUAUGGCUGGGUGUAUUGAUAGCAGAAAUUUUACCCCGAUUCGAUUUGGUCAUGGGCAUCAUCGGAGGAACAUUAACGGGACCGCUCAUCUUCAUUCUGCCUCCCCUGUUUUACCAACGCAUGCUGGAGCUGGAGAAAAUCUACAGCCAGGAACUGAAACGAUCGUACUCCACCGAAUCAUCACAGAUUUCGGAUGAUCAUUUCGAAGAUUCGGACAUCGAAACAAUCGGCGAAUCGCGUCGUAGUUGGUACGGUUCAAUUGGAUCGCAAGGGUCGGCAUUGUCCAUGGCGAAAAUACGAGAAAAUGUUAACAAGUGGAUUGAUCUAUUGGCCGUACGCUGCAAGCAAUUAUGUCACUUCAUGUACAGCGAUUGCAUUCUAGCCGGAGCAGUAAUCGUAUUUGGGAUAGCAGCAACAUUGGCAUCCACGUACUACAACAUGUUUGAUAUACGUGAAACGCAGCUAUGGUUUUCAUGUCUCAGUGCGUGGCGACGAUAA